AUGUUAGUCACCUGGAAAAUACAAAGUGUAUUCAGCAACGCUUACAAGUGUAACAGUAGUAUGAUUGAAUGGAAUGAUAUUCGGACAAGAACAGCUUUAUUCACAGAACUUGCUCUGGGAAGAAAACUUAUUCCAUUUGAAAGACAAAUGUUCAUGUUCCCUCGGGUGUGUGAAGUGUGCAAAAUUGAUGAUCAAAAAAUAUUAAGAAAUUGUGAUAGAUGUUUGUGUGUAAGUUACUGUUCAGAUAUUCAUCAGACACAAGAUAUUCAGCAUGCAGAUAAAUGUUCAUUAUUGAAACUUUGUAAAAAGUUAGAUACCUCUGUUAAUGACUUAACUUACUUAUCAUAUCUGGAUGAGAUUUUAUCACUUCAUUGCUCUUUUACUAGUAAAUUAGAAAAUAUGGAAGAAUUAUUUAAAAAGUGUAGUUUUCCCACAGAAAAGAACAAUGUACAAAUACAGAAAAUUCUUUGUUCAGAAUUAGUUUCAUGCCCCUUAACUCUGCUGUAUUUUCUUCAGCACAUAGAAAGACAAUACUGCAUCAAAGAUGAAUUAAUAGUACAUAUUGUGGGAGCCAGUAAUUUAGAAUGUGGUGUUGCCAAAGUGUGGAAUAUCAUCCCACAUUGGUUGAACAAAGUUCACAAACUUCACAUUGUAUUUAUAGGUCCUAAUGUUGUGCACCAAGAAAAUACUUUCAGUUCUUGCUAUACUAAUGGGAAAGAAAAUAAGAUAAAAAUGGAGUUGGAAUUUCACAAAACCUUAUAUCACAAUUACAUUCAGUCUGAAGGACAUACACACCCACAAAUCAUUGUAGCCUUCAACUGUGGUUUACACGAAUAUGAAGGAAGUGGUAAUGAUACAUGGAAAUCUACUUUGCCAUGCUUUUUUAAACUUCCAGAUUUACAUAUCAUCAUUACAUCAUAUACCAAAUCUGAAGCUGUUAAAGAUCGUGACAUACUCAUGUCUUUCAGUGACAAGGCUGACAUUUUGUUUGAUUGUAUUGAUAAUCCCUUCAGUAGUAAUCGACCUCAUAGAGAUUGGGAUAAUAUGAGAUCUGAUGUGUUUUUUAUUAACAGAUAUGCUUCUGUUGUACAUGUAAAUUAG